AUGAGCGGUGGAAUGUAUGCGGGAGACGAGGUCGGGGCUAUUGUAUUCGACGCUGGCUCCCAUUCGUUCCGAUGCGGAUUCGCCGGGGAGGAGUUUCCGACGAGCGACAUUUCUUCUUCAAUUGGCGUCGAUGAAGCAGUUGCAAUGGAGACCGACGACACGUCCAUCACGAAGCGCGAGCGCAAGAUCUACAUCGGGACCACCAAGAACAUCGUGCCCAGGGCGAAUUGUGAGAUCAAGAACUUCAUGAGCGACGGAAUGAUCGAAGACUGGGACCUUUUCGAAGAAAUGAUGAACUACGCCUACAAGGACGCAUUGCGAACAGACUCCUCGGACCAUCCUGCCCUCUUUUCCGAAAGCGCGUGGAACGACAAGGCGAAACGUGAAAAGCUAACCGAGCUGGCCUUCGAAAAGUACAACGUGCCCGCCUACUUCUUGGUCAACAACGCCGUUCUCGCCGCCUUUGCAAAUGGGCGCACGAGUGGCCUAAUCGUGGACAGUGGCGCUACACAGACCUCCGCUGUGCCGGUUUUUGACGGAUACGCGGUUAAGCAUGCUAUCGUUCGAUGCCCGUUGGGUGGCGAUAUGAUCAGCGAACAAAUCGAAAAAGUGUUGACGGAGCAAAAGAUUGACGUGGUGCCAACUUAUCGUAUUAAGGCUAAGGAAGAAGUAAACGAGGGUGAGCCAGCAAAAUGGACCGAGAAGGCUAAUCUGCCAGCCGUUACCGAGAGUUAUGACAAGUUCAUGAGGAAACUGCUUCUCCAAGAUAUGGCCGCAUCAGUACUGCAACUUUGCGAUGUGCCCAUCGACCCGGAAUCCGCCGAAAAGCUGCCCUCCUCCCCAUAUGCUUUCCCGAAUGGUUUCCACAAGGAAUUCUUGGGUGAGCGGAUAAAGAUCCCUGAGGGUCUAUUCGAUCUGAAGUACUUGCGUGAUGUUGACACCUCCUCGCUGAUGAACGUCAGCCACCUUGCGUGGAGCUCCUGCGGGAUGUGCGAUGUCGAUAUGCGACCGAGCAUGUACCAAAAUGUUCUCGUGACUGGUGGCAACUCGUUGAUUCUUGGAUUCACCGAACGACUCAGCCACGACCUGUCGCAAAAAUGCCCGCCGAGCGCUCGCAUCCGUUUGUCGGCGCCUCCAACUUCUAUGGAGCGUCGCUUCGGCCCGUGGAUCGGCGGCUCAAUUUUGGCCUCCGUGGGAACUUUCCAACAAAUGUGGAUCAGCAAGACCGAGUACGAGGAGAGCGGCCGGUCCAUCGUCGACAAGAAAUGCCCG